AUGUCAGUGUGGACGUCUUCCAAGAAACGACAGACGACAAGCUCGAAGUCCAGCGAAGAUCUGCUGAUGUUCAGCAACUGCAACUGCGAGCCCGUGGAUGUUCGCCAGGUCCGGGGGGGCCUAGAGGCGCAUAAGGUGGUGCGGCGCCAGGUGGUGGUGCGCGUGCGGCUGCAGCGCCAGCUCCGGGGGGGCCUAGAGGCGCGUGAGGUGGUGCGGCGCCAGGUGGUGGUGCGCGUGCGGCUGCAGCGCCAGCUCCGGGGGGGCCUAGAGGCGCGUGAGGUGGUGCGGCGCCAGGUGGUGGUGCGCGUGCGGCUGCAGCGCCAGCUCCGGGGGGGCCUAGAGGCGCGUGAGGUGGUGCGGCGCCAGGUGGUGGUGCGCGUGCGGCUGCAGCGCCAGCUCCGGGGGGGCCUAGAGGCGCGUGAGGUGGUGCGGCGCCAGGUGGUGGUGCGCGUGCGGCUGCAGCGCCAGCUCCGGGGGGGCCUAGAGGCGCGUGAGGUGGUGCGGCGCCAGGUGGUGGUGCGCGUGCGGCUGCAGCGCCAGCUCCGGGGGGGCCUAGAGGCGCGUGAGGUGGUGCGGCGCCAGGUGGUGGUGCGCGUGCGGCUGCAGCGCCAGCUCCGGGGGGGCCUAGAGGCGCGUGAGGUGGUGCGGCGCCAGGUGGUGGUGCGCGUGCGGCUGCAGCGCCAGCUCCGGGGGGGCCUAGAGGCGCGUGAGGUGGUGCGGCGCCAGGUGGUGGUGCGCGUGCGGCUGCAGCGCCAGCUCCGGGGGGGCCUAGAGGCGCGUGAGGUGGUGCGGCGCCAGGUGGUGGUGCGCGUGCGGCUGCAGCGCCAGCUCCGGGGGGGCCUAGAGGCGCGUGAGGUGGUGCGGCGCCAGGUGGUGGUGCGCGUGCGGCUGCAGCGCCAGCUCCGGGGGGGCCUAGAGGCGCGUGAGGUGGUGCGGCGCCAGGUGGUGGUGCGCGUGCGGCUGCAGCGCCAGCUCCGGGGGGGCCUAGAGGCGCGUGAGGUGGUGCGGCGCCAGGUGGUGGUGCGCGUGCGGCUGCAGCGCCAGCUCCGGGGGGGCCUAGAGGCGCCGCCAGCUCCGGGGGGGCCUAGAGGCGCGUGA